GAACAUUUUAAUGAUUGAAUAUGUGGGAAAAGGAAAGAUAUUGACAGUUGAAACUACUUUUAAAAUACUUUAUAAAGAAUGUUAGAUAGAUGUCACAAUGAUCUACAUAUACUUCAUGCUGAGAAUUUCUUUCUGUAAUACAAUACGUAAUAUUGAAUAAGGCUAUUAUUAUUAUUAUUAUUAUUAUUAUUAUUAUUAUUAACUCUAUUCAGUACUAUAUUUUUGGUAUAAUAUAGAAUUCUCAGUAUAGGGUAUUUCAGAGAGUUCCCGUCUUGUUAUUUUUCGAUCGAUGUUAAAGAUGUUAGAUCUCCAGUACUUACAUGGUAAAUACCAUAUUUUUGUGAUUUUAUUUUAAAAAUUUGAAUUUCUUUGUUUUCGCGGCAAAAGCGCUCAUUUCUACCUUCAUGUCAUAUUUCCCACUUGAGAGAAUCUUAAACGCUAUUGGUGCGUUGUAUCUUUUAGUAUGUUAUUUUGUAACGCUUCCCAAAGAUAAUUUUAUACUGUAUAUAUACGUUUGAUUUUUUUCCUGUCGUGAUUCCUCGUGCUUCUUGGUCUUUGGCUGCCGAGUCUUUGUACCGUUCGCAGACUAGAUGAACUCAUAAUCGCUUCAAACAUACCAAUCGAUAUUGACGAAAAAUAUUGGGUGAUCGCCAGUUAAAUGUCCGCAGUUCAAAAAUCGUCAUUUGAAUAAAAUUCAUUCUUUUUAAUACAUAUUGUCAGCCAUCAUAAUGUCUCCAAUUGUACAUUUUUGUAACUUGUAGAGUGAAAAGUCGUAAAAUUUUCACAAACGCACCUUAGAUGCUGUUGUUGUUCUGCAUCGCAAUAUAGUGUUCAACUUGGAAAAGGUUAAGGAGUAUGUUCGAUGCACUGUUCUGGACCAUACUUCUGCUUUUGAUUCUAUACCAAGACAACGUUUGCUUAACAAGUUAAUCAGCGUCAACACUGACAGCUGGAUAACCAACUGGCUAUGUUCCUACCUCUCUGGAAGGGAACAGUACACUGUAUUUGGAGGAAAGUCUUCAGAGUCUCUACUGUCUCAUGAAGGUGUACCACAAGGAGCUGUUCUCUAACUUCUUCUUUUCUCCUUUUUUCUGCAUGAUCUGCCAUCUUCCACACAAAACACUUUUGUGAAAUAUGCGGAUGAUCUCACUGUAUGUAUGCCAAUUUCUGCCUCUUUACAUCCCAUAGAAAUGAAUGAGAUUUUGUCUCAUAUUGAAUGUUGGUCUGUUGUUAAUGGUCUCAUACUUAAUCCAUCUAAAUGUCAAGCUGUUAACUUUAGCAUGAAAUAUGAAUGGCAUCUAAACAGCAUUUUGGGAUCCCAUAAUGCUUGUACCAUUGGAGACUCUUUGAUAAACACAGUAUCAAAGGUCAAUUAUCUUGGUGUUACUUUUUUCUCUGCUCUCUCUUGGUCUUCUCAUGUUUCACUGUUAUCGAAGAAAAUUUUCCGUCCGACCUACUAUAUAAAGAGUCUGCAUGCUUUUGGGAUUACUCCUCAUUUACUCUUACAAUCUGUCAAUUUCUGCAAUAUUACCUAUUAUUCUUUACUGUUCUCCAUUAUUCUUUCCCGAGCUUUUGAGAAAAGACUUUGCUGUAUUGUGGUUAGCAAGAUGUGUGUUGAAUCUUUCGAGGUCAUUAUUAAUAUGUUUAUGGAUAGACAUCUAAAGUCUUGCAAACUCCUGAUAGGUGUUAUCUUAUCAGAUGCUAACCAUCUCUUUCACUCACAUCUUUCUCCUUGUAUAUCCUCUGGUAAAACGAGAUAUCAUUACAUUAAAAUCUGUAUACGCAAACAAAAGUAUAAAAGUUCUAUAGUACCUUACCUAGCAAAUAUACUCUAUGACGAACAGGUUGUUAGGGCUAACCUGGUUAAUAACCUAUAUUCUUGAACAUGUCUUUAAUUUGAAAACUUGUAAUUUCAGAUCUUUUUUAUCACCUUUGUCCUUUCUUUUUUUGUUGUUGAAAUAGCUUGUGCUGAGAAUUCUAUAUCGUACUGAAUACUGAAUAAAGUCUAGGUCUUAUACCAUUUAGCACUUAUCAGUAAAACCCAUCAGUAAUCUUGAGGGAACUGAUAGCCUAAUAGAUAAAAUCCUAUCCGUAGUAAAGAACUACACAAACACGACAUUGGGUACUGUUCAAUGAUUAAUCACUUGUAGAUAUUUCAGUCCUACAGAAAGUCAGCUAUAACCCCAACAGCUCAAUGACUACAUAUGAGACCGUGAAACUGAGUAACACAGUGUUAAACCAAUCAGGAAGCACCAGUUCUUUCAGAAUUAUAGUCACAUCUUGUUGAUGAGUAUCAAAUAGCAUGAAGCUGAACUUCAGAGUUUUCUGUCGACUACUUCUAAUCAUCUAACAAAUUAUUAGUUGUGUUUAAGUUUAUACAUGUAUUUACAGGAACUGAAUAAUUCAUUUCAUUAUAUUAACAAUAGGAAAGUUCAACCAUAUGGUUUACGGAUUCGUCUUUUACGUGCCGUUGAAGCUAUCAGAAUACAUUUUCACAAACCUAAUCUUUGUACGGCAAAAAGUUUGUUCAGUCUCUCCAACUUAUUCAUCAAUAUGGUGGGGCGUUAUAACUGAACUUCAAUUCACUUCCUUCUUUUGUAAAUUAUUUUCUAAUUUCUUCCACUGCUCAUGUUUUUACAUUAUUUCAAUAUUUUCCUCUUGAUUCUGUAGAUGCCUUUUAUUUUAAUAAACCUUUCGACGAGAACAAUCAUCUAUAUUUUGUUCUGGAUCAUUCAUCACAUCAGUGGUUUAAUUAUUAUCGUCCAUUUUUGUGGUUAUAUGGCAAUCGCACGUCGUAUAUUUCUGACAUAUUUACUAGCUGCACGUACACCGAACAACCUGCAACCUGCUAAAUAAAUUGGAGGUCUAGCGACACACACAUGCACACAAAUCGUUAGUCUAUGCCGUAGAGCGAACCUCCUGCAUGCUGAUAACGGCACGAUUGCAACUACCCCAACACGGAUAGCUGUUAGUAACAUAAGUUUGGAGUCAUACUUCCGACAGUAGGAACUUAUGUCCAUGAUAUGCAACUAAAGUUCACUCACCGCAUUUGUACGCAGCAAUCGUCGUUUUCUACUUUUUCAACCAUAAUCUAAACCGAACAUCAAUCAUUUUUUCUUUAGUCGAUGAUCCUUACUUUAAUGUCUAUACACACAACAAGUAGUCGACUCCGCAUUACUAGCUGGUUAGUAAGGUUUACGUUCAUCUUAUCUAUUCGUCCACAUAUAUAACUGCAUGUUGUAUCAUUCACUAUGCACAAAUAUUACUUGAUUACUGCACUUACUAUUUUAUUUCCAUAGCAGUGUAUACCAGAACAUAGAGUUUAGAGCUGGUCUCUCAAUGGUACACUCUUAAUUGUCACAUCCAAGUCAGUCUCACUCGCUGGCAUCGAUAGUCAUAUAUAUUGGUUUUUCUUAGCACGGCUUAGUACAGUUCCGUAAAAACGAUAUCGAGAGCAUCUCCGUCUAACGAAGAAAACUACACUAGACCUCACGACCGAAAAGGAAUACGACUCGGCUUAUCUCGUCUCCUAGUAAUUAUCCUGUUCCUCUGGUCAUUCUAUUAAUACAUGUCCAAUGAUAACUCGAUGCAUCUGUCAUAACGCAAACAACAACGUACACUGACUUCUCAUUUUACGCUUAUUAUCAAUUACAGUAUAGAAACGAAUAACACCCGUCGAUGCAGUUAUCGUUUCACGAAUUUACUACUCUUAUCCUAAGAACCAGAACUCUAUGUAUGUAAAUUCGAAUUCACUCAUCGUUAAUCUACGUUAUUUACUUUACUGCGGCUCAUCAGGACAUGUUCAUAUUUCACUAUUCUGUCAGCAUCACAAACCAAUUUCUAUUAUAUUCUAUUCUACUUAUGUUGACGAUUUAUUAAGUUGUAAUAACCUAUAAACGAUUUAUUACCAUUUUCAUGGUAUUUUGAAUCGCUCAUUUUAUCGUCCAGACAGUCACAACAUAAAUGCAUGUUAAAUGAUUGUACGCUUAUUAAAUUGCUCAUAAUCACAUGCUAACAUUACCAUUUUUUGUCGGUACCUUUACGAUAUUUAUGUAUUCUUUUUACAUAAGUAUGACACUUUCAUAUAAUACACUCACUCCUCAUGUGACAUUGUACUUUAUGGAGUGUAGUACAAUUUUUUUCGUUACUUAUUGCUAACAUUAACCACAUACCACUUUCGUGUUAUUUUCGAAAACAGAUAUUUUUAAAAUAAAUGUGCUAUUUUCUACAAGGGGGCUAUAUAGUGACUGGUCCUAUAUUGAGCCCACAUAGUUUAUUCUAGCUGCUGGAAAGGUCAAUUUACCCAUUCUUUUUGAGUCACGUUUUGACUUUGUUAAUUAUUCACUUAUCAACCUUGACUAUUUUUAUAUGAGUGUAUGUAUGUACAAUUCUUAUUCUACUCAUCACAUAUCUGUAGCUUAUUUUUGUGCGACUAUAAAUAUUGUUUAACGCUUGGUUAAAUCGAGUUGCUCACACAACUUCUCCACUGCGCGUUCUUUCAUUUCGUUUCGCUUCAUUCGCUGCGAUUCUCUGAUUGUCUGUUCCUAUCAAUGAGGGUACAAAAUAUACUUAUUCAAACAUUCA